AUGAAGAGAAAACUGAAGAAUUUCAGUCCAAAUGAUGGUUAUGAGACUCUGGCAAAAAAAGUCUGUAGUCCAAAGGAUUUGUCCCCUGACCUCGGCUGUUUCAUGGACUUCUGCAGCCCUGUUGCAGGACAGGACUCCAUGUCCUCUUUUGUGAUCUCUACGCCUAAAUUGUCAGACAAGACACUAGAAGCCAAGAGUGGAGUAAAACGAAGUGUGAGCUCUCAGGUACACCUGAAGCAUGAGGAAUUCGCUACUCUCACUGUGGUGCAUGGACAGAAGCUGGAACGAGGAGCUGGAAAAGUGGAGGACAGAGAAGAGGAGCUCAAAAAAGAAACUCAUCAGAAAGCAGAUGACGAUGAUGACAAAGGCUAUUUCUCCAUGUCCUACUCAAAGGACAGUAAAAUAGAGCAUUUAGAAGGAGAUGUUGAAGAGGAGUGGAAUAUUGGUCCCCCCAUACUGGAGUCCUCCAUCGGCCAAGUCACAUUAGGUGGAGAGGAAACCACUUUAGACACCAGUUAUGAGACAACAUUACCCCUCCAAGUUCAGGUGAAAUCGGUUGUGGUGGUUCCCAAUCAGCUCACCUCCAGCAGUAAAACAGAUGCUGCACCUCUGCCAGUCCAGACUGCUAAGCCCACCAAGUUGAGCCUAGAUGAGAACAGAGCUGCCAUGUCUGCCAAAACUGUCAGUGCCAGCAGUCAGAGGCCGGUGUUAUUUGACAGUGAGAAGGACUGGGACCGUGAGAAACAGCUGUAUGUUCAUUCAGUCAACAGACAUUUGAAGGAGCAUCAGCGAGCAGAAGAAGAUGUCAUGACUGAGCUGCAGAAUCUGAUGAACCAUGUGGCGGACCAGACACCAGGCACUGGUAGACGGUGGCAGCAUCCUUCUGAUUUUACUCGCAGGAACUAUGUAAGUCGCUUUGGGAACCAAAUUCCAAAGGUGACCCUCCAGGAAUGGCAGGCCAAGAACUGUGCUAACAAACGAUUCGCCAAGGUCCCCAAGAUAUUUGAAAGGAGCCACGUCUAAAUUUGCUUAGUACAGUCUUCUAAACACUUGCACUUAAGAGGUCAGCAUGCUGGACUCAGUCCUGUUCUAAUGUUAUACCUAUAAAUGUUAGCAAUAUCAAUAUUAUAACGUGUCAGUGUUUAAGAAAAUUAAUGCACGUUUUGUGGAAUAAUGCCAAGGAACCCAAGGGUUCAAGCAUCUUAAAUGCCUUGCCCCCCCUUCUUCUAUAGUUGAAACUGUUCUUGUUUUAAUAUGUAUUUUAUGUAUGUUUUGUUCUUCUUUCGCUAUUUGAAAUGUUGGCCUUGUUGGAAUGAGUGCAAAAGUAUUUCCAUAGAAAAAGAAUAAGUAGAAUGGACAUUACCACUCAGAUAAACAAACCGACUUGGAGCACUUUGCAAACUCACUGAGCUGAAGUUCUGCAGUAAUGACACAACAAGCAGGUGAAUAGUACGUUUUCCAAUAAGCAAUCAGUCACUUUCAAAUAUUACCAUAUUUAUCUGUUUCUUGCUGGCAUCAAAUGCAUGUUUGCCGAAGCAAGUGAGAACAAGUGAGAUCAGCAUAUUUUCACAUCUAACACAGUGAAUUACAUUUUUUUUUCCAACCAAACUAGAGUUUGUAAUUGUUUAAACAGUGGUCUGACUAACUAGAUGACUACCAAGACUAAUUAAGAUGGUUUUGAACAGUUUUAUUUUGUU